AUGGAUGAAAUAAUGUAUCCAUCAGCAGAACGCAAGGGUCGUGGCAAAAAGUUGAUAAAAGCUGACGAACCGGGACAGUCCACGCUGCUGAUGUUCGACACGUGUGCAGAAAUCUCGACAAUGGCUGCUGGUGUCAAACAGGCACGACUGGCCUAUAGUGGAAUGCCUAUCGUGGCUGGCAACAACUGCAAUGACAACAAACUUUUUAUAAAUGACAUGCCGUUUUGGUGGAGUGAUGAGGUCUCGGAUAUCACUGAUGAAGAGCUUGUGAUGAACGCUUCAGUGCUUAUCGACGCAUUGGAAGGCCGAUUGAAGCUCGUACCAAUGCCUGACAUACAGUCAGUCCUUUUUUGGAGAACUAUUCUUCAAAAGAGAAUCGAGUGCGAGUUUAGGAUAGUACUGGAUCCUAUAGAAGAUGUCAAAAUUCUGCAAACAAGAGACAAUCUGUGCUUCAAAAAGGAACACAUCUUCGGGAACACUAUCCGAAGCAUGGUGAAUUUGAAUGAACUAUCGAUUCGCUCGCUUCAAACAAGUAGCAGAAAAAGUCGAAAAGUACACAAACGAUUGAAAACCGAUCAAAUACAUCCGCUCGAAAUGUUGGAGCCUACAACGAGGACGAUGUAUGCGCGCGAUAACUUCAAAGAAAUGUACACAGAGGACUAUACUCCAUCGAAGACCAUACGAUACCAAUACGAUCCGCCCGUUGCCGAGCUGGAGCGUGACUGA